AUGUACCACAGUUGUACAAUUUGCUCCGAGCUUUUAUUUGAUGUAUUGAAGGAUCUUACAAUUUUACCAUAUGAACAUACAAUGUAUUUAGAUUGUGCUGAAGAAAUGGAACAAUGUCAGCACCAUUCUUGUCAUGUUUGGUCAAUGGGUUUGGAAAGACUCGUAAUGAAGAAGUCCAGACCAUCAAUCAUAAAUUCUAUCAAGAUUCAACUUAAAUAUAGAUGUGAUCGAGACGUAUGUAUUCUGGAAUGGUCAUCAACCCUAACCGGGCAAGUUAGUGUCAUAUUUUGCAAAUGGGUUUGCAUUUGACUUUUCAAAACAAUCAACAAAGCAGUUCAUAUUAAAUACGCUUUGUUUUGAUUUUUGGAUUUGUUGUUUGUUUUAUGAUUUGUUUUGCGGUGGCAAUCGAAUGAGAAGAAGAGUUUCCGAAUA